AUGCCUUUAAUACUCCUAAUAAAGAAAAUAUGCAAUUUCGAAACUCCGGGCAUCUUUGGGGGGACGGCGGAGUAUGUUGAGAUCGAGGUGCGGUCUCGCCCAGGCAAGACGGGAUACCUCCGCGAAUCCCCUCGCUUUCACACGCAAUUCUCUCUCCAGCCACUGGUAGACCAACCCGACUUCUUGACUCCUUCUGCUUUAGGUCACUGCCGUCAAUAUGAUCUCCGAGGCCCACGGCAGCGGACACAUCAGCAGGGCGUCUGGGUCGACGUCGCCGCCUCGUCGCAUGGGAAGGCAGGGAAUUAUCGAAGCCAACAGAAAGCCAAGUGCGCGUUCGCCCAUGGUGCCAAGGAUUUGAGGAACCCUACCGCCGAACGCACUACCCCCCCCAAGACGGACAAGAGGAGGCAGCACCGAGGCUCGCCGACUGGUGACACAACCACUGCGUCCUGCUGCGACCCAAGGUGUACUGUUCACCGCCAUUCAUCGUUCGCCGGGGGCGAGAUCCGGACGCUGAAGGACAACUCUUCCGCGGGCCGCCGUGACGCCAACAACAACUGCACCGGGUGCAACUGCCGCCAGCCGCUGCAAGAAGUCGGUACCAACAGCCAGCCUCAGGCUCACGACAGCAUGAAUCCCGUACCCAGGGGCACCUUCUCCCUCUGGGAGUCUCCCAACGCCAUCCUGCAGGGCCCGAACGCUACCAUCGGUUGGACCGGCCCCAACGCGGCCCACCUCAGCAGCAGCAGCAUCAAGGACAAGAUCAUCGUUUCCCCUAGUAUCGAAGAACACGGCUUCCGAGGUACGCUCCGCGAAGACGCGACAUGGGCCAAGAUCGCCCAAACGAAAUCUCGCCGUGCCGGAGGGGGAACCGACGGUGUCUCCACCCAGACCUUCAGCUUGGCUUCGAAUCCGUCCGAGGUGGAGUGCACCAAACACUGCCUGGGUGUGAUGUUCGAGGCGACGGAUGCCGUGGUUUCCGGGUGCUCUUCCAAGCAGCGGUGCCGCUGCUUCUACUCGUCUUGCAAUGGUAGCGCGGUGACUGCCACCGACCUCGGACCAAUGGCUACAACGGCUGGCCUUUCCCUCGGCGCCAAUGGACGCAGCCCCCUCAACCUUGGACCCCCCUUCUUCGCAUCCUCACCGUCGAGCCAAGGCAUACCCGCUUCACUGUCUACAUCCCACUGCUGGAACCCUCUCGCUUACGAAAAUUCCCAGCUUGGACUGUUGUCUUCUUCGAUUGCUCACCAACCACUUCCUGGGAAUGCGGGACACCAAACGUCUGGCCCUUCCGUGGCGCCGAGCGAUCAACGUCACAUCGAUGACGCUCUUGAUUGGAUGAUGUCGGAUUUGCGUCGAGUCUCUUCUCCCUCCAGCGGUGAUACAGGCGGUGAUGGUGCUCGAGGCCUGGACGUUGUGACGAGGAUGAUCGCGUGGGAGGCUCCCUUCUCUCUGCCGUCUGUGGUGGGCACUGAGGAACCUAGGCCGUUGAAGCCGGCACACCAGCUAGGAGGUCGUUCGGGAGACUCUUCUAACCUCCAUCGUUCAUACCGCACCAACAUCUCCACCAACAUUAUGGCUUCGCCGGACAUGGACAGCAAGAGAUCAUCUACUGCGCGCCUGACAGACACCCUUCGUGAAUCACGCGUCGUGUCGUUCCCAAAGGAUGGGUGGCAGCCUGCUUUUCGCACUGCAGCGUCUCCAAAGAAGAACGAGGUGGUUCGCUCUAUCGCCGCGAUCAACCCUUCUCCUUCUCCGUCGCCCUUCGACUGGGGGUUGGAGUCCUCUUCCUUUACCCCGGUGUCAAACAACGUCCUGAAGUACCCGACAGGCGGGUUCCCGCCCUCCUCCUGGUAG